CACAUUGUCAGAUCAUGUUCCACGGCGCAUGCGCCACACCGACCCUUCCGGUCGACAUGUAGAAGCCGCAAUUCUGCUCUGGUCUGACGAACCUUAGAACCGAUGAUUCCCAUAUGUCCAGUGGUGUCCUUCACCUACGUGCCCAGCCGGCUCGGGGAAGAUGCCAAGAUGGCUACCGGAAAUUAUUUCGGAUUUACCCACGGAGCCGCGGCCCAGUACAGCCAACAGCCGACGGCCGGGCUGGCGUACACCCAUCCCACCACGGUAGCCAGUUACACCGUUCACCAGGCUCCCGUGGCGGCCCACACCGUGGCGGCGGCCUACGCUCCCACCGCAGCCACGGUUGCCGUGGCUCGACCGGCGCCCGUUGCCGUGGCAGCCGCUGCCACCGCCGCUGCCUAUGGUGGAUACCAGCCGGCCCACGCCGCCACCGACUACACCUACACGCAGCGCCAGCCGGAGGUCCCGCCCCCACCGCCGCCAGUCACGUCGCAGAACUACCAGGACUCGUACUCGUACGUGCGCUCCUCCGCCACGGCCAUGUCGUACGACAGUAAGCAGUACUACCAGCAGCCCACGGCCACCGCAGCAGUGGCCGCAGCUCAGCCGCAACCCAGCGUCGCCGACUCCUACUACCAGACAGCUCCCAAACCCGGGUACAGUCAGGGCGUGACGUCCUACACGCAGACCCAGCAGACCCGCCAGGUCACCGUGAUCAAGCCAGCUGCCCCCAGCCCGGCGUCCUCCACCUUCUCCAUCUACCCGGUGACCUCCACGGUGCAGCCUGUAGCUGCCGCCGCCGCCUCAGUCGUCCCAACGUACUCCCAGAGCCCAACGUACAGCACCAACGCCGUCACAUACUCCGGAACCUCGUACUCGGGCUACGAAGCGGCCGUGUACUCUGCAGCCUCCAACUACUACCAGCAGCAGCAGCAGCAGAAGCAGGCGGUGGCGGCCGUGGCGGCCACGGCAGCCUGGUCCGGCAGCCCCUUCGCCAAGAAGCCUGCUUUCCAGAACAAACAGCUGCGACCCAAACAGCCGCCCAAACCGCCCCAGAUCCACUAUUGCGACGUGUGUAAGAUCAGCUGUGCGGGCCCGCAGACCUACAAGGAGCACCUGGAAGGCCAGAAGCACAAGAAGAAGGAGGCGGCGCUGAAGGUGUCUCAGAGCAGCAGCAGCACAGGGGGCGGAGCCAUGGCCCGCAGCGCUCAGAACCAGCUCCGCUGCGAGCUCUGUGACGUCUCCUGCACUGGUGCCGACGCGUAUGCCGCCCACAUCCGUGGCGCCAAGCACCAGAAGGUUGUAAAGCUGCACACCAAGCUUGGAAAGCCCAUUCCCUCCACCGAGCCCAGCAUAGUGACUCAGACGUCGUCCUCCGUCACCUCGGCUUCCAGUAAGACCACCACCGCCGUCCUGGGCGGCUCCAGCAGCGCCUUGAGCGCCUCAGCCAGCUGCUCGUCGGCCGCCAGCCUGAGCUCCUCCUACAUGAAGCCCGCCAGUGCUGUCAGCGGUUCUGCAGCGGGCGUGAAGAACCCGCUGGGCCACGGCCCGCCUGCCGCCGGCUAUGCUGCCGCGGCCGCUAAGAAGAUCUGCACCCCUAAGAUUAACUUUGUCGGAGGUAAUAAACUGCAGACCACAGCGAAGGCCGAGGAGAGCAGGUCAGAGGUCAAAGUGGACACCUGUAAGCCCGUGGCGCCCCCAUCAGGAUGCCUGGACAAGGCGGAUGUUUGUGACGCCCUGUCGCCGUCUGCCCUGGUGGCGCUGCAGAGCGACGUGCAGCCCGUCGGGCACGACUACGUGGAGGAGGUCAGAAACGACGAAGGCAAAGUCAUCCGCUUCCACUGCAAGCUGUGCGAGUGCAGCUUCAACGACCCCAACGCCAAAGAGAUGCACCUGAAGGGCCGCCGGCACCGGCUGCAGUACAAGAAAAAAGUGAACCCGGACCUGCAGGUGGAGGUGAAGCCCAGCAUCCGAGCCCGCAAGAUUCAGGAGGAGAAGAUGAGAAAGCAGAUGCAGAAAGAGGAGUACUGGAGAAGGAGGGAGGAGGAGGAGCGCUGGAGGAUGGAGAUGAGGCGCUAUGAGGAGGACAUGUACUGGAGGCGCAUGGAGGAGGAGCAGCACCACUGGGACGACCGGCGCCGCCUCCCAGACGGAGGGUAUCCUCAGGGGCCCCCCGGCCUGCUGGGAGUCCGUCCCGGCAUGCCGGGCUUGCAGCCCCAGGGUCCCAUGCCCCCCCGACGCCCAGAUUCUUCCGACGACCGCUACGUGAUGACCAAGCACGCCGCCAUCUACCCAUCGGAGGACGAGCUGCAGUCCAUCCAGAAGAUCGUGUCCAUCACGGAGCGUGCGCUCAAGCUGGUCUCUGACAUCAUCACAGAACAGGAAGGCGUCCAAGAGGAGGACAAGGAGGCGCAGGCGAAGGACAGAGCCCUGAAGGGGGUCAUGAGGGUGGGAGUUCUGGCCAAAGGCCUGCUUCUUCGCGGCGACAAGGACGUCAACCUGGUGCUGCUCUGCUCCGAGAAGCCCACAAAGACCCUCCUGAGCUCCAUCCUGGAGCACCUGCCCAAGCAGCUGACGGUUGUGACUCCAGAGAAGUACGAGGUGAAAGGAUCCAUCCAGGAAGCGGCCAUCAUUCUGACAUCCUGCAGCGAUCCAAAGAUGCAAGUGACAAUCACGCUGACGUCGCCCGUCAUCCGGGAGGAGGCCGGUCGGGAAGGAGAUGUAACCUCGGGUUUGGUGAAAGACCCAGCGGACGUCUUGGACAGGCAAAAAUGCCUUGACGCUCUGGCUGCUCUGCGCCACGCUAAGUGGUUCCAGGCUAGAGCCAACGGCCUUCAGUCCUGCGUGAUCAUCAUCCGGAUCCUGAGGGACCUGUGCCAGCGAGUCUCGACGUGGUCCCCCUUCCCCAGAUGGGCCAUGGAGCUGCUGGUGGAAAAGGCCAUCAGCAGCGCCUCCGCGCCGCUCAGCCCGGGCGAUGCGCUCAGACGCGUUUUUGAAUGUAUUGCUUCUGGAAUUCUGCUCCCUGGUGGACCUGGACUAAUGGAUCCAUGUGAGAAGAAGCCUGUGGAUACCCUGUCAUCUUUGGGGGAGCAGCAGAGGGAGGACAUCACAUCCAGCGCUCAGUUCGCUCUGAGGCUGCUGGCGUUCCGUCAGAUCCACAAAGUUCUGGGCAUGGACCCUCUACCACAGAUCAACCCUCGCUUCAACAGCCGCAAGCGGCGCCGCGAUAACAGUGACGGGACGGACAGCUUUGAGGGCGAAGGCAAGAAAGACAAGAAGGAUUACGAGAGUUCCUAGAGCCGAGGUGUCCCUCUGAACCCCCCCCCCCCGGCUGUAAAUGCGCCCGUGUUGCUGUGAAACUGUACGUCUGUGUUAGCUGUAGACCUGAAGCUCGCCAGAGCUGUGCGGGGUUCUGAAGCUCCGGUUGGGUUCUGCUCGGGAGGAUGAGCAGCUGCGUCCAGACCUCAUUGCUGAAGAAGUUUAUUAUAUGAAUAUGAAUUUCUGUGCUUCAUGCUGACGUGUAAAUCUGUGUUCUUGUUUCAGUGCUAACCCCCCCCAUGUUUGUACGUCUGAGUGUUUGUAAUCUGACAUGGAAACGGAUAGAUUUGUUUCGGUUCAGAGUGAAACUGGAUCACGCUGCAGUCCCCUGCAUUUUAACCAGUUUUGCAGCUCUGAGGAGCCUCUCACACCUCUGGUCCUGAAUAAUUAACAAAGUUUUUACUGGAAGAGAAACUGACUGCAGAGAGCCGCUCUCGCCUUGCUCUGAAGGCUUCACCUCGCCCCCCCAGCCCAAUAAAAACCUUUUCAGAUGGAACCAUGCCUCAUUUACCUCUAGAUGGCACUGUGCUCAUGUUUGACCGUCUGCUUAUUAAACAAACAUGCUUUAAGGGCA